AUGCUGGAUUCCAUGCUUGCAUCAUUUAUCACCAUUCUUCUUUUGGUCGAUGUCGACUUGUUGCCCAGACUCACGGUUCGCAUGAUGAUGAAGCUGUGGACAGUUAAUGAUGCAGAUCUUGAGCACAUUUCAUGGGUUUUCAAUGCCGCCUUUGAGUGCUUCAGCUGUCUAGGAAUAAGCUUUGAGGUCAGAGACGUGGAAAUUGGUAAGGGAUGA